AUGAAAGGACAGUAGAGUUCAUCAUUAAAACGGUAAAUCCAUAUAUCAAAUUAGAUUCUCAGAUUUAAUAAAAUAUCCUCCCUUGCAGACACUUAUGAUUAUAUUAAAAAUAGUAAAACCGACUCUAGAUUAUUAAAUACACCUAAAGUAAUUUCAAAAGCAAUAAACCACCCUCAAUAUAAAUAAGACACAUUUCUAGACUUGGCUUUUAUGACUGUAACAAAACGAGACUCAAGAUAUGACAUUAACAAGUUUCCUAAUUUGGAAAAAAAAACAGAUGUCUAAAGAGUGAAAUGGUUUAUUAAAUAAAAUAAAUAGAUAGAUUAAUAAUAAAAUUUUUUAGAAUUCUUAAACUCAACAAAAGUAUAAUCUUCCAAAAAUUUUGAUUAACAAAUUGUUGAUCAAUUAAGUUAAGUUUAGGAUAAGAAUUAAUAAAAUAAUUGUAACAAGUAUUUUGUUGUUAAAACACCAGCUAAACCUAGUUUAAUUAAGAAUAAAAAUACCAGUAGAUGUAAUCAUAUUUAUUUAGAAAGAACUAAUCAGUAUUAGCUCAACUAUCAAUGGAGUUAAGAAAAAAGAAUUUACUAAAAACAUGAAUUUAGAAUGUACUAUAUAAAUAUAAGUUAAAUAGAAUUUAUUGAGAAAAAUAAUGAAUUAAGAAGACAUUGUUAAACUUAAUAAGAGUAGUAGUAUACAUAAAAUUCCAUAUUGGAAUAAUUGCAAAUUCAAAACAUUCAACACAUAAAUUUAUAUUCAUCCGUCAAAAGAGGUAUAAAAAAUGAUGUUUUGCAUAAUCAAUAUAAAACCGAAAUUUAAGAUUUAAUUGAAGUUAACAAUGAAUGCUCUGCUUAGGAAUAUGAUACUAUUUAAGAAUUGAAAAAAAAGUCAAUUUUUCAAAAUCCUUUCUCCAAUACCCAUCAUUAUGAAAUUAAUCAGUUCAAUAAAUAGGUUGUUGAACAUGAACCAAAAGUUAUUUAGUAAAACGAAAACGAAUAAAAUUUAAUUAUUUAAAAAAGAAAAAAUAAAAUCUAAAGAGUAUUAUUGUAAAUAACUUUAUUUUUACAUUGGAUGAUUGAACAUAAAUUAAAAUACGAAGAUAUUAUCAGUUAAUAGGUUUUUUAAACAAAACCUUAUUAAAGCGUUAAUUCUAAGCAAUGCUUUUAAAAAGUAAAAGCUAAUGAUAUAGAAGUUGUCAAAUCAUUUAUUACAUCAAAUAGAUAUUUAGUUUAUGAUUAUGAUAAUUUUAAGUUAUCCAUGCUUCAUCAUGCAGUUAUUAGAGAUUAUCCAGAUAUGGCAAUCUUAAUUUUGUAAAAUUAUGCUGAAGUUAAUAGUAAAGACAUUUAAGGUAGAACACCCUUAUUUUAUGCUAUUAGAGGCAAAUGCAAUUAGUGUGUUUGCAUCUUAUUAUAAUUCAAAGCCUCCCCAUGGGGAAAUUCUAAAAAUAAUUAUGACAAGUAUUUAGACUUAUUAGAUCCAAAAGUCAGAGAUCUAUACAAAAAAGCAAAGACUAUUCAUCUUCGUAUGCAAAUACUCAAUGCUUCUAAAAGGGAACAUUAUUGGUCAUAAUAAAAAUUAAUGUUUAUAUAUAAAUGA